UGACGCCUAACCAACUCGCCAGAUUAUGGUGCGACGACGGUGUCUGCUGGCAAGGAGCGCACUCCGCUUGGGGAAAAAGUCGCUUUGUAGUCGUGGUGUUUUCCCACCGGGGAGGCGUUCUCUUGACUUGCUGUUGGAGAGGUCUUGUGCGAUCCAGUGUUGCCAUGUCGGCAAAAGCCAUCUCGGAGCACACCGGGAAGGAGUUCCUGUCCAAGUAUAUCUGCACCUCGGCGGCAGUGCAGAACCGAUUCCGCUAUGCCAGCGUCACAGCUGAGACCGACUGGGCUCGUCUCACGCAAGAGCAUCCUUGGCUUCUCACGGAAAAACUGGUGGUGAAACCAGAUCAGCUCAUCAAGCGACGCGGGAAACUGGGACUGGUGGGCAUCGACUUGGACCUGCAGGGCGUUCAGGAGUGGCUCAAAAGUCGCCUCAUGAGCGAGACCACCGUGGGCAGGGCAAAGGGUGUGCUGAAGAACUUCCUCAUCGAGCCAUUUGUUGCGCACAAGCAGGAGGAGGAGUUUUACGUGUGCAUUUAUGCCACACGUGAGGGCGACCACGUGCUCUUCCACCACGAGGGGGGCGUGGAGGUAGGGGACGUGGAUGCCAAAGCCCAGCGGCUGAUGGUUGCCAUUGAUGACAAGCUCAGUGAGGAUCAAGUGACACGGCAGCUGCUCACACAUGUUCCUAAUGAACGGAAAGGAAUCCUGGCCAGCUUUAUAGUGGGUCUCUUCAACCUCUAUGAGGACCUCUAUUUCACCUACCUGGAGAUCAAUCCUUUAGUUGUUACCCAGGAUGGCGUUUACAUCCUGGACAUGGCAGCUAAGAUUGAUGCCACGGCCGAUUACAUCUGCAAGGCGAAAUGGGGGGAUGUGGAGUUUCCGCCACCUUUUGGUAGAGAAGCUUAUCCAGAGGAAGCCUACAUAGCUGAUCUGGAUGCAAAGAGUGGAGCCAGUCUGAAGCUGACGUUAUUAAACCCUCGUGGCAGGAUCUGGACAAUGGUGGCUGGGGGAGGCGCCUCCGUAGUAUACAGCGAUACCAUCUGUGAUCUGGGCGGCGUGGAUGAGCUAGCAAACUAUGGCGAGUACUCCGGUGCGCCCAGCGAGCAGCAGACAUAUGACUACGCCAAAACUAUCCUGUCUCUGAUGACUCGUGAAAAACACCCAGAAGGAAAGGUGCUGAUCAUUGGAGGAAGCAUUGCCAACUUUACAAAUGUUGCAGCCACAUUCAAGGGCAUUGUCAGGGCCAUCAAAGACUACCAAGGUCCUCUAAAGGAGCACGAGGUCACCAUCUUUGUUCGACGUGGCGGGCCAAACUACCAGGAAGGCCUCAGGGUGAUGGGGGAAGUGGGGAAGACCACUGGUAUUCCUAUUCAUGUGUUUGGAACAGAAACCCAUAUGACCGCCAUUGUUGGUAUGGCUCUGGGACACAAGCCCAUCCCUAACCAGCCGCCAGUGGACGCACAUACUGCCAACUUCCUCCUGAAUUCAAGCAACAAUGUCAUGACUCCGGCUACCACAAGGACCGCCUCUUUCUCUGAAGCCAGGCUGUCCAACGAUAUCACUUCCGCCAAAAAGUGCAAAGCAGGUCUUUCAGCAGACCCUCUUCAUUCACUACUGUGGCCUCUGAAGAAUGUGGUCACAGGUGAUUGGAAAGAAGUGCAGGCCUCUUCAGGCUGCAACAGAGCCAAAGCCACAACGCUCUUCAGCAAGCACACCAAGGCAGUCGUCUGGGGCAUGCAGACGCGAGCCGUACAAGGAAUGUUGGACUUUGACUACGUGUGCUCCCGAGAUGAACCUUCAGUAGCCGCCAUGGUUUACCCAUUCACUGGGGAUCACAAGCAGAAAUUCUACUGGGGCCACAAAGAGAUCCUGUUGCCGGUAUACAAGAACAUGGCCGACGCCAUGAAGAAGCAUCCUGAGGUGGAUGUGCUGAUCAGUUUUGCGUCGCUGCGCUCUGCGUUCGACAGCACCAUGGAGACCAUGCAGUACCCGCAGAUUCACACCAUCGCCAUCAUUGCAGAGGGCAUCCCUGAAGCUCAGACCAGGAAAAUUAUCAAGAAGGCAGAUGAAAAGGGCGUCACAAUCAUUGGCCCAGCUACGGUUGGCGGCAUCAAGCCGGGCUGUUUCAAGAUCGGCAACACCGGUGGCAUGCUAGACAAUAUUCUCGCCUCCAAGCUCUAUCGUCCAGGCAGCGUGGCGUACGUGUCGCGUUCAGGAGGGAUGUCUAAUGAGCUUAACAACAUCAUCUCUCGCACUACUGACGGUGCCUACGAGGGCGUGGCCAUCGGAGGAGACCGAUACCCCGGCUCCACAUUUAUGGACCACGUCCUUCGUUACCAGGACACUGCGGGGGUUAAGAUGAUUGUGGUGCUUGGAGAGAUUGGUGGCACGGAGGAGUACAAGAUCUGCCAAGGCAUCAAAGAGGGCAGGAUCACCAAACCCGUGGUGUGCUGGUGUAUUGGAACAUGCGCCACCAUGUUUGCAUCAGAGGUUCAGUUUGGCCAUGCCGGGGCGUGUGCCAACCAAGCAUCCGAAACUGCUGUGGCCAAAAACCAGGCCUUGAGUGAUGCAGGAGCUUAUGUACCUAGGAGCUUUGACGAGCUGGGUAAUGUCAUCAGGACUGUUUAUGAUGAACUAGUGGCCAGUGGGACCAUUGUUCCGGCCUUGGAGGUGCCACCCCCAACUGUACCAAUGGACUACUCUUGGGCCAGGGAAUUAGGCCUGAUCCGUAAACCAGCCUCUUUUAUGACCAGCAUCUGUGACGAGCGAGGCCAGGAGCUCAUCUAUGCCGGCAUGCCCAUCACUGAGGUCUUCAAAGAGGAGAUGGGUUUAGGAGGAGUUCUGGGACUGCUCUGGUUCCAACGCAGGUUGCCUCGCUACGCCUGCCAGUUCAUUGAGAUGUGCCUGAUGGUGACGGCUGACCAUGGGCCAGCUGUGUCUGGGGCACACAACACUAUUGUCUGUGCACGAGCCGGGAAGGACCUCAUCUCUAGCCUCACGUCUGGCCUGCUCACCAUCGGAGACCGUUUUGGCGGUGCACUCGACGCUGCUGCGAAACAGUUCAGCAAGUCAUUCGAUAGCGGCAUGCUGCCUAUGGAGUUUGUCAACAAGAUGAAGAAGGACGGCAAGCUCAUAAUGGGCAUUGGACACCGCAUCAAAUCUAUCAACAAUCCGGACAUGCGGGUGCAAAUACUCAAGGACUUUGUGAAGCAGCAUUUUCCUUCUACUCAUCUGCUCGACUAUGCCUUAGAUGUGGAGAAGAUCACCACCUCCAAGAAACCGAACCUCAUCCUCAACGUUGACGGUUUAAUUGGUGUUGCCUUUGUGGACCUACUUAGGACGUGUGGUGGCUUCACACGUGACGAGGCAGACGAAUUUGUAGAGAUCGGCGCUCUAAAUGGAAUCUUUGUCUUGGGCCGCAGUAUGGGCUUUAUCGGCCACUACCUGGACCAGAAGAGGCUCAAGCAGGGUUUGUAUCGUCAUCCCUGGGAUGACAUCUCCUAUGUGCUUCCUGAACACAUGUCCAUGUAAGGGAUGAGCGUUGAGAACGUCGCUCUCACAUCUCACCUGCAUAACGUUUAACCUUCUAAUCAAAGAGUUGCCUUUGGAAGGGGAAGGGUCAUCUUGAGAGGCAGGAAUUACAUCUCGAUGGAAAGUUCUGAGUUGAAACAUUAAAUCUAGUUUUUAAUGGAUUAAAAGGGGAACUAUAUUUUAAGAUUUAGUUUUUGACAAUAUAUAAAAAAAUACUGGAGAAGCUCAGGCCAGAGCACAAGACUUAGUACUUUAAAAAUUUGGAUUACUUCUCUGUUUGUACCACAUUAAAUUGGGUGUUAUAUGUUCAUGCAAGCAAUAUUUGUCUAUUUGGUACUUAACGUUAAUCCUUAUUUAUUUUGUCGCCAUUUGCCUAUUUUAGGCCUUCAGGUGGUACGUAUGUGUAUGUUUUCUAAAUAUUGCACCUCAGUUUUAAGGGGAACUGCACUUUUUUUUCAGAAUUGUGCCUAUCAUUCACAAUCCUUAUUUGAGACAUUUUUUUAUGCAUUCUAAAUAUAAACACUAGCAAGAGGUGUUUAACAAUGCAGAUGAUGGGGAUUCGAUCCAUCCAUCCAUUUUCUACCGCUUGUCCCUUUCGGAGUCGCGGGGGGUGCUGGAGCCUAUCUCAGCUGCAUUCAGGCGGAAGGUAAAUGGGUCGUACUUGUAUAGCGCUUUUCUACCUUGUUGAGGAACUCAAAGCGCUUUGACACUAUUUUCCACAUUCACCCAUUCACACACACAAAUUCACACACUGAUGGGUGAUGGAAGGUGGAGUACACCCUGGACAAGUCGCCACCUCAUCGCAGGGCCAACACAGAUAGACAGACAACAUUCACACUCACAUUCACACACUAAGGCCAUUUUAGUGUUGCCAAUCAACCUAUCCCCAGGUGCAUGUCUUUGGAGGUGGGAGGAAGCCAGAGUACCUGGAGGGAACCCACGCAGUCACGGGAGAACAUGCAAACUCCACAAAGAAAGAUCCCGAGCGCAGGAUCGAACCCAGGACCUUCGUAUAGUGAGGCAGACGCACUAACCCCUCCUCCACCGUGCUGCCCACAGAUUCGAUCUAAAAACAUCAAAAACCUCCAAUGUUUUAUAUACAUGCUGGAAGUAUAUAUGUAAUGUAGUAACAGGUACAGUCAUAAUACCAUGUAUUAUUUACUGUAUUCUGGUCAUUUUAAGUAUUAUAGGAACAUUUUGGUGACACAUUGAUUUUCCAGAGCGCAUGGCAAUGUAGCCUGCCAGCGUAGCCCCCACUUCCUCCCCUCUGUUGCAAGUGUUGUGGAUUCUAUGUAACAUGUUUGUGUCCUUAUGGCUAUUUAGUUUGAAUGAAUGACAAAUUACUAUUUACGUCAACAAUAAUAGCUACUACCUAUCAUGGCAAACACGAGGGCUUAAGCAGAAUACAUGAAUCCCCUUACCUGCAUUGUUAGCCACCUGUUGCUAGCAUUUGUUUGCGAUUUAGAAUAGACACAAAAAAAAAGACAUGUGUUCUAGUCUCACAUAGGAAUUGUGAAUUAUAGGCAAUUUUUUAAAGUGCAGUUCCCCUUAAAGUCAUCCAAACAUGGCUUCAAAACACCUUCAAGUUUUCCAUUUAUAAAUCUCUUGUGAAGAACCAAAGUAGCUUUAUUUUGACAAGACAAGUCAAAACGGGAAUAGAAAGUUGUCAGUAUUGCUUCUAAACCUGGUAAACUGUCUAUUGUAAACUCUGUUCCGUCUGUGUAAAUGCGAUAACGGACCUUCUAAAAAAGAACAAGAUGUGGAAUGAUGUUAAUGGUGAACAAGCCGAGUGAGUUUCAAUAAUAGAAUCUUUUGGAGAUUAAACUAUUGCACAAAUGACAGUGUCCUUGCUUUAAAGAUUGGACUCAAUAUGAAGACAUACUGUAAUUUCCUAAUUUACAACCUGCAUUGUCUGAUAAUUGGUUUGCUUUUAUUUAACUGUGAAAAUGUUUUUUUUGUAACACGCUGUCAUAGUGGUACAAUAAAACCCUUGUUUUACUUUUUAUUCAA